GCGGCAUGGUUCCGGGCUUGCGGGGUUUGGACCUCUAGGGCUUUCGCGCCUCGCGCCUUACGUCACUGCGUGCGUAGGGCUCUGGGCUUUGAAAAAUGCCGCGGGACUUGGUGAGCUUCCCGCUGUCGCCCGCGGUGCGCGUGAAGCUCGUGGCUGCGGGUUUCCAGACCGCCGAGGACAUCCUGGAGGUGAAGCCCUCCGAGCUCAGCAAAGAAGUUGGGAUAUCUAAAGAGGAGGCUUUAGAAACGAUACAGAUUGUAAGAAGAGACUGUCUCACAAAUAAACCAAGAUGUGCUGGGACAUCUGUGGCAGAAAGGAAGUGCACAGCAUUGCAACUUCUUGAACAAGAACACACCCAGGGCUUCAUAAUCACCUUCUGUUCUGCACUGGACAACAUCCUCGGGGGUGGGAUACCCCUAAUGAAAACCACAGAGGUUUGUGGUGUACCAGGUGUUGGGAAAACACAGUUAUGUAUGCAGUUGGCAGUAGAUGUGCAGAUUCCAGAGUGUUUUGGAGGAGUAGCAGGCGAAGCAGUAUUUAUUGAUACAGAGGGAAGCUUUAUGGUUGAUAGAGUGGUGACCCUUGCAACUGCCUGCAUUCAGCACCUUCAUCUUACAGCAGGAGCGCACAUGGAGGAAGAUCAUCAGAAAGCCUUGGAGGAUUUUACUCUUGAAAAUAUUCUUUCCCAUAUUUACUAUUUUCGUUGUCAUGAUUACACGGAGCUGCUGGCACAAGUCUAUCUCCUGCCAGAUUUCCUUUCAGAUCACUCGAAGGUGCAGCUAGUGAUAAUAGAUGGCAUUGCUUUUCCCUUUCGUCAUGACUUUGAUGAUCUAUCCCUUCGUACUCGAUUACUAAACGGCCUAGCCCAACAAAUGAUCAGCCUGGCAAAUAAUCACAGAUUAGCUGUUAUUUUAACUAAUCAGAUGACAACAAAGAUUGAUAAAAAUCAAGCAUUGCUUGUUCCUGCAUUAGGGGAAAGCUGGGGACACGCUGCUACAAUAAGGCUAAUUUUUCACUGGGAACAAAAGCAAAGGUUUGCAACAUUGUAUAAGUCACCAAGCCAGAAAGAGUCCACAAUACCAUUUCAGAUCACACCUCAGGGAUUUAGAGAUGCUGUUGUCACUGCUGCUUCAUCGCAGACAGGAGGUUCUUUGAAUUUCGGGAAACGGUCACGAGAACCAGAGGAAGAAUGCUGACCCAACACUGAUGGUGUGCUAUUUAGUGUAGAUAAGUGUACAUAUCAGUAGUUUAUACUUGACUUUAAAAU